UUUAGUUUUAUUUUUUCCUUAUUUCUUUUUCUUUAAAAAAGGAAAAUAUCCAAUUUUUUACCCCACUCUACUAUAUAUAUGUGGAAAAAUCAGCUUUCUUUUAAAAAAAACCUAGAAAAGUUUUAUAAAAAAAUUGGUUGAUGGCUGCUAGCAAGCUGGUUCGAGAUUUUUUGAUUGCAAGACCACCCUUUUUUCGUCACCUUUCGUCUCAACAGGGUUCGAAUGUGAGACUAAGAUUGUUAUCUGGAAAUGGGUAUUUGAGUAAUCGAUGGUUUAGUGUCUUCAAUGAGUUCUCCAACAAAAUUAAAGGCGAAGUUAACAGAAAUUCGGAAUUUCAGCAAUCCGUUGAGGAACUGAAGGGGAAAGCAGAAGAGUUGAACGUCAGAACGAAGCAGACAACUGAGCAGCUCUACAAGCAGGUCGAUGGUACGUGGACAGAGGCUGAAGCUACAGCUAAGAAGGUUUCUGCCAACGUGAAAGAGAAGAUUUCAGCUGCAAAAGCGGAGGUUAAGGAAACUUUUGGGAUUGGAAAGGAAGAGUCUUCACAGUCAACCAGUACCUCGGCUCAGCAUGGAACUGAAGUGAAGGAUGGAGAAAAGGUGUCAUCCGGGGAACAGAAACAUGAGCAGUCUGGGUCUGGUGAUACUGCAGAAACUAUAUUUGGAAAAUUGAAGUCAGGCAUUUCUUCUCCAAAGGUUUCUUUGGCUUUCCAAAGGUUAAAGGAAGCAAAGGUCAUUGAUUUAGCAAAGAAGGGAUAUGACAUUGUUAAGGAUGAGUUAAGGGGUAACCCAAGUAAGAGAAAGCACCUGGAGUAUACUCCCCCUCCUUCAUCAGCAGGUGAAAGAAGUAUGAGAACUGAUAUUGUUGUUUUGCCAUCUAAGCAGUCCCGUUGGAGUAAAAGGUGGGAGGCAUUAAAGGAGAAGGUGCAAGGUCAUCCUUUAUUCAAGCAUGUUAGCGGUUAUAGUGAACCUGUUGUGACAAAGGGCCAAGAGAUUGCAGAGGAUAUGCGUGAAAGAUGGGAGACCAGUGAUAACCCCAUUGUUCACAAAAUUCAGGAUAUAAACGAAAGUAUCUUUCAAGAAACAGAUGCUGCAGCAUCAUACAAAGAAAUACGUCGACGAGAUCCGUCAUUCUCUUUGCCAGAGUUUGUGGCAGAAAUUCAGGAAGCAAUCAGGCCAGUCCUAAAUGCUUAUAUAAAAGGAGAUGUUGAAAAUUUGAAGAAGUAUUGUAGUCCUGAGGUCAUUGAAAGGUGCAAAGCAGAGCAUAUUGCUUAUCGGAGCCAUGGUAUAUUUUUCGAAAACAAGAUUCUUCAUGUAUCUGACGUAGAAGUUAGAGAAACCAAAAUGAUGGGGACUUCCCCCAUUAUCAUUGUGGCAUUUCAAACGCAGCAGAUCUACUGUGUACGUGAUAGAGAGGGCAAAAUAACGGAAGGUGGGAAGGAUACGAUUCACACUGUGUAUUAUGCUUGGGCCAUGCAACAAGUUGAUGUAGAAGAACUUGGAGAGGGUGCUCUCUAUCCAAUAUGGAAGCUUAGAGAAAUGCAACAAAUUGGUGUACAAGCCCUCAUCUAG